AUGUCGUCGCAAAGUCAAAAUCCUAUGAAAGAGUUGAAGAUUGAGAAGUUGGUGUUGAACGUCUGUGUUGGUGAAUCUGGUGAUAGACUUACCAGAGCUUCCAAGGUGUUGGAGCAGUUGUCCGGUCAAACACCAGUCCAGUCCAAGGCCAGAUACACCAUCAGAUCUUUUGGUAUCAGAAGAAAUGAGAAGAUUUCUGUCCACGUUACUGUUAGAGGUCCAAAGGCCGAGGAGAUUUUGGAGAGAGGUAUGAAGGUCAAAGAGUACCAGUUGGACGCCAAAAACUUUUCUGAGAGUGGUAACUUCGGUUUCGGUAUCGCUGAGCACAUUGAUUUAGGUAUCAAGUACGAUCCAAAUAUCGGUAUUUUCGGUAUGGACUUUUACAUUGUUAUGGGCAGACCUGGUUACAGAGUCGCCAGAAGAAAGAGAUGUAAGGGUAGAAUCGGAAAGUCUCACAAGGUUACCAAGCAGGAUACCAUUAACUGGUUCAAGGCAAAGUACGAUGCUGUCGUCACUGGUGCUUAA